CACUAUUUCUCCAGCUCAACUUCCAUCUCGUUUUUCUCCCCACCACCGCCACCACUCGCGACCAAACAAACACCCUUUCCAUCCGCCGCUAACCACCACUACUCUCGUCGUUGUCGUCGUCGGCUCGUCGUGUUUGUCUUCCUGUUGUGAUUCCCGAGAUCGAGAUGGGUGGCGAGGCGGAGUGCGACAGGAUCAGGGGCCCGUGGAGCCCGGAGGAGGACGAGGCGCUGCGGCGGCUGGUGGAGCGGCACGGCGCGCGGAACUGGACGGCGAUCGGGCGCGAGAUCCCGGGGCGAUCGGGGAAGUCGUGCCGGCUGCGGUGGUGCAACCAGCUGUCCCCGCAGGUGGAGCGGCGGCCGUUCACUGCCGAGGAGGACGCUGCCAUCGUCAGCGCCCACGCGCGGCUCGGGAACCGGUGGGCCGCCAUCGCGCGGCUCCUACCCGGGCGCACCGACAACGCCGUCAAGAACCACUGGAACUGCUCCCUCAAGCGCAAGCUCGCCGUCGCCACAGCCGCUGCAGCCGCGGACGCCGCCGAGUUCGAGCGGCCGUGCAAGCGCGUGAGCCUCUCGCCGGACAGCCCGUCUGGGUCGGGCUCGGGCUCGGACCGCAGCGACGUCAGCCACGGCGGCGGCUCUGGCUCCGGGCAGAUUUACCGUCCCGUGGCGCGGUCCGGCGGGUUCGAGCCGGCGGACUGCGCCAUCAGCCAGCAGCACGAGGACGAUCCCUUCACAUCGCUCUCCCUCUCCCUCCCCGGGAUGGACAACGGGUUCCGCCACGACCGCGCCCGCAGCCAGUUCCAAGAGCUUCCUCCGUCGCCGCCCUCAUCCUCGCCUCCUACGCCCGCUCCCCUCGCCGCGGCGCCCUCGCUGUACCCGCUCACUCCCGGCUUCAUGGCGGCCAUUCAGGACCUGAUCCGCACCGAGGUGCAGCGGUACAUGGCGAGCGUGGGGGUGCGCGCCGGGUGCGGCGCCGCGGGUGGGGCCGACCUGUGCAUGCCGCAGCUGAUGGAGGGCGUGAUGCGCGCCGCGGCGGAGCGCGUCGGCAGGAUGCAGUAGCCAACACCGGUGUAAUGAUGCGGACGGCAAAGUCGGCGAACGCACCAAAUCUCGGACGAGCGCAAUCUGUUCUUGUUAGCAAACUUGCUUAGCAAAAUCGAGUUUUUUAGUUUCUUUUUCCGAACUGCUGUGAAAGCGAAACAGCAGUCAGGAACGGGAAGGGGAAAGAAAAGGGCGAAGAAAAGGGGAGAGAAAAUGGGAAAUGCAAGGACUGAGCAAAGCUAAGCUAAGGCUGCUUGACUGCUUCCUCUGUACAGGAUAGAAAUGGAACGAGAUGAAAUGGGCGAUGAAUUUUGCAAAUCAACCACCAUUGCAAUGGAUCUGAAAGGCAGAAUUGCCGUUACAGUGA